AUGCCGGAUCCCAUAGAGGGACCACUCGGAGCAGAAACCUGCCUGGCAAGGAGCCGGUCUGGGCCCCAGGAUUUGGUGGUGGUCCAGGGGCAGACGCCCCCAACUCUGCGAGCCCUGCGGCGCCGGGGUGUGCUGACCCCCGGCGGACCGUUGGCUGGAGAGGCGCACACCGGCGCCGAGCGUGUGGCCGGAGGAGGACCCUCUGUGCGCCAUUAUGUGAAUGUUCUAAUGUUUCUUGUUGCCAUUGAACAAUAUAACAAUAAUCCAGCUAUGUUACCGAACGUUACGCUGGGAUAUCAUAUUUAUGACUCGUGCUUAAAUACGAGGAAAGCUCUAAAGAAUAUUUUCCAAAUAUUAUCUGGAUUUAAGAAAAAUAUCCCUAAUUAUUCAUGUAUGAAAUAUGGGAAGCUGGCCGGUUUUGUUGGAGAUCAUUAUUCAACCACUACAGUACCCAUGGCACAAAUACUCAGUCUUCUUGGAUAUUCACAAAUCAGUUAUGGAGCUACAGACUACCUUCUGGGAGAUAAAAGUAUCUACCCAUACUUUCUAAGGAUGGUUCAAAAUGACUAUGCGCAUUACUUGAUAUUGUGCAAAAUUUUUAAACAUUUUGGAUGGAACUGGGUUGGGAUUAUUUUCGCAGACGAUCACUCAGGGGAGCAAGAAAGUCAUGUUAUUUUAAAAUUAAUGGCCACCUACGGAAUUUGUGCAGCUUACAUAAUAAGAGCUAGUGAAGCAUCGAUAAAAAAGAAUAGCAUUAGUCUACAGGUUGCUAAAAAGUCAUCCGCUCAAGUUAUUUUACUCUGUGGAUCAUUUUCACUAUCACUACAUCGGUAUAUUAAGAAUAUUACGUAUGUAAUUGAUUCAAGGAAUUCAAUCCCAUACUUUGAUCAAAAUGGAGAAUUUGUCUUUUAUCACAUGAUUAUAAAUUGGGUGCUUUCAAAAGAUAACAUUUUGAAAGAUAUUCAUGUGGGUAACUACACGCCAUGGGCACCAGAAAGUCAGCAGUUAUUUAUUAAUGAACAAGCCAUAUCAUGGAAAACGGCGGGAAAUAAGAUUCCAGUUUCUCAAUGCUCUAAAAAUUGUUUGCCUGGCUAUAGAAAAGUCCUGACUUCUAGCAUACAUCCCUGCUGCCAUGACUGUGUACAGUGUUCAGAAGGAGAGAUAUCAUAUUCAAUAAACAGUGAGAACUGCAUAAAGUGUCCAGAAUACGAAUGGCCGAAUGAAAAUAAAAAUCGCUGUAUUCCUAAGGAAGUGGAGUAUCUUUCCUACAUGAAUGAUAUUUUAGCUGCUUUAUUUGCUGUAAUUUCUAUUUUCUUUUGUAUUUUGACCCUUCUUAUACUAAUAGUUUUCAUUUCAUACAGAGAUACCCAUAUUGUCAAAGCCAAUAAUAGGAACCUCAGCUUUAUUCUUCUGAUUUCCAUCGCCCUGAGCUUCAUCUGUGUGUUUCUCUUUCUUGGUCGUCCCCUGGAUAUAACAUGCAUGCUCCGUCAAGUGUCUUUUGGAGUCAUCUUCUCAGUGUCUGUCUCCUGUGUGUUGGCCAAGACUAUCAUGGUUUAUAUUGCUUUCAAGGUCACUAAACCUGGCAGCAAGUGGAAAACAUGGAUUGGAGUCAAGAUGUCCAAUUCUAUCGUUUUAAUCCUCUCGUCUAUUCAAGUUAUAAUUAGUAUCUGUUGGUUGGCCAUUUCUCCACCAUUUCAAGAGAUGGACGCACGCUCUUAUCAAUGGAAGAUCAUCAUUCAGUGUAAUGAAGGCUCAGUUAUUGCCUUUUACUCUGUCCUUGGCUACAUGGGGUUUCUGGCAACUGUUAGCUUUGUUAUAGCUUUUUUAGCUAGGACAUUACCGGACAGCUUUAAUGAAGCCAAGUACAUCACUUUCAGCAUGCUGGUGUUCUGUAGUGUUUGGAUUGCGAUGAUCCCAGCCUAUCUGAGCACCAAAGGGAAAUACAUGGUGGCUGUAGAGGUUUUUGCCAUAUUAACAUCGAGUGCUGGACUUUUAGGUUGCAUAUUUUUACCAAAAUGUUACAUAAUAUUUAUGAGACCUGAAAUGAAUAAAAAGUCAUGUUUGUUAAGGAAAAUAAAUUAA